AUGGACGGACUUGAGAAGUCAGAAAAGGACGCUAAAGCACAGUCACAGUGCGCAAGACGGAGGCAAGAAAUUAUUCACUUGAAGAUAUUAGUACCAUCGAUAGCCGUUGGUGCAAUUAUCGGCAAAGGAGGAGAGUCUAUUGCGAAAAUUCAGAAGGAGACAGGUGCAAGAAUAAAACUGUCCAAAGUAAACGAUUUGUACCCUGGCACAGAAGAAAGAGUUUGCCUUAUUCAGGGCACUUUAGAGGGUGUAACUCGCAUGCACAAUUAUAUCAUGGAUCGUGUGUUAGAAAAACCAGAGUGUUCUGAUACUCCUGGAACUGUUCUAUCCAGUGUUACUACCAACACGGCACCAACUUCGCAUUCUGAAAAUACUACUCUCAGUUUUGUUGCUCAGAGUGACUCUGGUCCAGGUGUACCACCACAUUCGCACAAAGGAGCUGCGUGGACUCAUGGCUUGGAGUCCUCAGGCUGUCGUUUACCUUGGGGACGUCAUAAACAAGUCAAAAUCUUGGUGCCAAACUGCACUGCUGGUCUUGUAAUUGGGAAACUUGGUAGCUAUGUACGGGAAAUAAAAGAUAGAACUGGGGCUUUUAUACAAAUUUCACAGAAAUCUGUUGAAAUAAAUUUGUUGGAGCGGUGUAUAACUAUUGCAGGUGAACCAGAACAGUGUCGUGCAGCUGUCGAUUUAGUUUUAGCCAAAAUAGCAGAAGAUCCCCAGUCAUCUAUUUACCCUGUCAUUUCCUAUUCGCAUGUACGUGGUCCUGUUGCGAGUGCUUAUCCUACUGGAUCUCCCUUUGCAAUCAUGCCAGCUGUUAGAUUUCCUCCAUAUCAGGGUUCACACUUACAUUUGCCUCCUAGUCGUGGUUUGUCAAGUAGUGGUGGUAUUGAAACAUGGGAGGGGAAUGUAUCAAGCGGUGUAGGUUUCUCACCUGUUACCAGUCCUUUCGGACCGUCUCUUUUUCAAGCUGCUUUACUUCAAGUUCAAGCUGCAGCUUUAGCGGCCAACUUGAAUCCAGCCACUUACUACCCAUCCUUGCCUUCUGUCGAUGCAACUGCGGCUGAUGUGUCGACCUUAAUUGCUCAUGGACUGUCUGCCAACAUUGGUUAUGCAUCACCUGAAGAUCCUAAUAUUCCGCAACCAGCUCUGCCAGACUAUGGACAAGGAAUGUACUCAUCACCUACUGCGAAUGUUCCCCUACUGGGUAAUGGUGGAAGCGCAGGUGGAGGUGGUCUCAAUCCUAAUGGACGCUGUGGUGCACCCGGUAGCGCUUUGGUGCCCGAAGGUAGUUGGCCUGUAGCAGAAUCUCAAAUUCAGACACCAACAUGCUUUGAUGCUGCUUACCCGGGACCUAUAAAUUUCGCUUUUUACCCAACAAAUCAAUCACUUUUAACUGCAAUUGCUUCUAGACAUCCUAGUGAAUCAUAUCCAUCUCGUGCAGAUAUAUUCGCAUCAUCUAGUCCAUAUAUGACUGCCAUGUCUCAAGCAUCAUUCACAAUCCCUUAUAGCACUACUCCGUCAUUGGUUGGUGGUACUGGUGGGAAUCCCGUUGCUGUUCCUCAGAUAGACCCAGGAAGUGCUCAUCUUACUACUCUCUAUCCUGGAAUUUCACCUUCUCUUUGCUUAUCUCAACAAUUUUCAAGUGUUGCUUCGGAUAUAGAUGUAAAAGUUCCACCUAUCGGACAGCAACCACCCACAUUGAAUGAACUACUGGGGUCAUUACGUUUAGGUUGUAAUGCUGAAGAUGCUGUAUCCGAAAUAAAUCAAGCCUUUUCAACGCUCACACACCAUGGGUUUUUGAACAUGGCUGGAGCAGGACCAUUCUCUCUCAUAUCACCUACAGGUUCACAACCACCUCGUUAUAUUUCUCCUUUGUUCGCCACACAUCCGGCGACAUGCACGACAGAGAUCAGAUCUAGUUCAAUAUUAACUGAUGAUACUUCGACUAACUUAUUUCUUGGAGUACGUUCGUCUACGGCUUCUGAUAUUGGUUUCGCUAAUACUGCCAAGCAAGUGUUACCUUCAUAUUCAGAUUCUCCUAGUAAUUUUUAUCCAAGUAGUCGGAGUUUCGAAGCGUCUACUUCUAAAAUGCAACCAUAUUCAGAGCCAGUCUCACAAUAUCAGCAACAUCACUCUACUAAGUCAUUAUGCUCUCACUUGUCGGGAUGUGGCUCUUCUGAACAGCAAAGAGAACUACACACAUUCCGUAAAAAAUCUCACGAUACACAGUUUUGUGAAACCAGUACGUCGUUACCAGCUGAUGUUGAUCAAGGUAACGACGGUUCUACAUCAUAUAUUGGUUGUACUCAAGUUUCCAUGAAACAAUCUCUGUGUAGUUCGAAAGAGAUUGCUUGUUGUAGUUGUGCAGACAGUUCUUCUAGCGUUCAUACUCCGGCUUCUAGUCCUUCAUUUGGAUCUUGUACUUGCUCCAAUACAUUAGGUCUGAGUGACCAAGUUACACAGUGUGAACAGUUAAAACCAACAGCUAUUACGCUGAAUAGCAGUACGCUUUGCAAAAAUUAA